GGCAUGUCUAGAAGCUGAUUCCAAGAACCAUAGAUAGAGUUCAUGGAUGGAACAUGAGGAACUAAGAUUGGAGCUAAGAUUGGAGAGGCAAGCCAGCACCAGGGAGAGACUUUAGCUGAUGAGCCUUCAUCCUGAAAGAACUGAGCAGGCUUUAUGGGCAUAUAAGUGGCAGUGACGUGGUCAGAUCAUCUCCCAGCCACACUCUCUGCCCACUCUAUUCCUCUAGACUCCAACACGCCAGGAGCAUGGUAGCGUGUGUCCAUUCCACCCCAGGGGGUCAUUUGUUGCCUCAACUCAGACCUCACAAUAGCUCCAUGUAGGCCAGUUAUGAUGCAAGAAGUUUGUGACUGUCCCCUGGGUUCCCAUAAAAACUGUCUUACAAAGAAACUCCAGGCACUGACACCUCCCAUCCUAGCCUAUUGCCAGAGUAUGACCAGAGAAUGGGAGAAUGGCUGUCAGAAGACUGGAAAACAGAGGGCUAGAGAUUCAAGGGCCCAAGAAGGGAUGACUACAGAGGGGAAGUCAAAUAAGAAUGGAACACCAGUCCAAGUAUUCAAUAUAAGCGAUUCCUUUCGGGAUAAAGACUCCCUGUGCUGCCAGGGGGAUCUAUGUUCUGCUUCACCAUUGGGGAUAUGGACCAAAUUCUACAAAUCAGACCCACACAUUGCCCUUGGGAAAUACUCCCCCUUGGAAAAAGAGAUCCUACGUCUAGGUGGUGUUCAUACCAUAGCAGCCAGGAGGUUUCUGACUUAUAAGCAAGAGGAAGAACGGAAAAUGCUCAAGGAACUACAGGUGCUGUCUUCAGACUAUAAACGGGCGGUGGAAUAUAGAAAGCAACUCACCCCUCCUUGUGCCACCUGUGGACCCCUAGAAAAAAUAUGGACGGCGAAGGUGAUGGUGCCCCCGGAGGAGUUCAAAAUGCCACAACGGGAGAGGCUGAACAUCAGCAAGCACAUAGAACGAAUGCAGCUCGCUCGAGCCCUGAGGAAUAAGCAGCUUUCACCCUACAUUGAAAGAUGUAGGAGCUCUUCGCUUCUGUCUGGAGUGGGCCUGGGCCCCCUGGCAAGGGACAAAACUGGGGAAGGCAAGGAUGACCGAGACGCCGAUCACUGCGACUAUGCCCAUCAAGAGAAGAGAGAUGAGGCAGAGAGCAAAACCACGAAAAGACAGGAAAUAAAGAUGAAUGUAAUUUUCAAGUCAGAAGAACCAAAAAAAUGUGUAACGUACCAUCCAAAUGAUCUAAAACCAUUCCUCCCCACAAAAAAAGCAGAAAGAUCCAUCGCUGGCUUAACAAACAGAAAUCUUUUGCACCUGGCCGAAUUCCCUGGAGACCUAAUGCUGUUGAAUCAGGAUUUUAUAUCACGGGGAAUCCACCCCAGUGAUGUGUCAAAGGCCAGCUGCCUGGAAGAAGGCAGUGCCUGGAAAGAGUACAUGCACAAAGCUGCUUCCCACCAUUAUUAA